AUGACCGAUGCCUUACUGAGUAAUCGCUCAAGUCACACCACAGAAGACUAUCAUCUCAAUGAGCUUCUUCAGCGAGUUGUGAUUCUUGAACUGGGAUCUUGUUCAAUUCGCGGUGGCGUAUUGACAACCGAGCCCAGCCUUCCACAGUCUUUCUUCCCUGCUAUGGCAGUGCGAACAGAUGAUGGAAGGAUAAUUGUCGGCGAAGACGCAUAUGCACCUGAGAUACGCCAUCACGGCGAAUUUGUACGUCCCAUACAAGCGGUGGAUCCUGCAGUUGAAAGGUAUUCCAUGGAUCAAGACGUUGUGAAAGCUUGUGUGCAAAAAGUCAUCAAAGACCUUGGCAUAAAUCCCUCACAAUACAAGAUCCUUCUCUCCAUUCCCCAAAACAUUCCUAUUGCUCUUAUCGGACAGCUACUCACUCUUGUCUUGAAGGAGGCAAGGUUCCAGGGAGCUGCCAUAACUCGCCAGCCGUCUUUGAUCCUUUAUGCCUACGACGUCACU